CAAUCUUCCCUCUGCUUUACGUACGGAUAAUCCGACAUACCUCCGGACCUUCGUGCUAAUUCAUCAACCGACUCACGGGCAUAUCUUCAACGUCAGCGACCGACUGCGAGCCUCGACGCUAGCUUGCAGAUUCGAGUUCAAGAUGGAGCCAAGAGCACGCGCCGGCAAAAAUGUCGGGAAGAUGAACUUUGGCAAUGCCGAGUUAUCUUCCCUACUCUACGGCUGCGGCGAUGUGCGACAACCACUCCCCGAAACGAUCAAAGUCAUGGAUGAGAUAGCGACCGAGUUCAUCCAGGGCCUCUCGUUCGAGGCGACGCGCGUGGCGCAGUACUCGGGCCGCCAAAAGGUCAAGUACCAGGACUUUGAGUUCGCCUUUCGUCGCAACCCGUUGCACUUGGGCAAGGUCCAGGAGAUGUUUGAGCUCAAGAAGCAGGUUACCGAGGCGCGGAAGAUGCCGGGGAUAGACGAUGACUCUCUGCUCAAGGAGGCGAAGCAGCUCGCGGGGGAGACCGACGCCAACACGACGACGGGUCGCGGCGGCAAGAAGCGCAAGAUCGCGGCGGUGCAGGAGGAGGAGGAGCUUGGAGAGGGCGACGACGACAUCCUGGACGAGCCGGAGACUGUUGGGAAGAAGCGCUAGAGGCGCCGCACGAAGUGAUGUUGUGGUCGUUUUCCAGGAUCGGUUUCACGCAGUGACGUUUGGACGCAACCACCAUACUUCUUUUUUCCAAGCAUCCGCUCACAGGCGUCACAUUUCUCAAUUCGGUCAGUUCUGGUUUAGGGCUUUUUUUUUUUUUUUUUUUUUUUUUUUUUUUUUUUU